CUGCCAUCAUAACAUCGUGUAAUUAUUUCCAAUUUUGCUAUUGAUAUACCAUUGAAGAUGGAGUUAAGUAUCAUGAAAUAAAGAUUUGUGAACGACCAUCGCUAAAGUUCAAUUUUCACUUGGUGGAAAUAAAUUUCCCGGGUUUCCCGGUCAUACACAAGUUUGUGUAGAGCACGGACGCGUUUCAUAUUCCCUAUCUUUGUCGGAAACAGUGGAUUUCAGCAAGAAGCGUGAGUUUGAUAACUCACUACAAGUUUAUGAGGAGACGGAAGAAACUGCAUUCAGUAUACGUGUGUUGGUGUCAGUGUAGAGCGUAUUAUUCUAGAGUCGCGUGUCCGAUUCGUAUAAUUUCCGCGUCAUGACAAAAUGGAAGUUAACACGCCCGGAAAAAUUUUAAGAACCGCUUCAACAAAAUCUUCGUGCAAAUCAAGUUCGUCCCACCAAAAGUCAUCCUUCUCGUCUGAAAGGUCUAGUCCCGUCUUCUCCGUUAAAAGCCCGAUCGUUAGCUAUCAUUAUAGCCAAGAUUUACCAAAGCCUCAAACACCUUCACUAAAUACAAUUCAUGGACAAAAGACUCCACUGCACUCUCCUAAAACGUCAAACUACCAAAACAGUCCCUCUUCACAAACCGAAAAGAUAUUUACAUUUUGCCAAGUCAAUCAAAAGUGUGAUAGUCCUACGAUAUUGAAGAACGACAAAGUGUUUGACUUUUCUGAAAGCGUAGCACGGUCGGCAACUCCACGUUCCUCUCCUAAUUUACCUAAAUCGCCAAAAUCGCCCCGAGCUAUUAUUUACGAAACCGAUCAAGAAACCGCGUCUAAAUCUUACACAGAAAUUCAUAGCCCCUCCGGGAAUAAUUAUAAUUUUAAUAUACAAGCGCCCCCAAAGUCAAAAUUAAACCGUUCUCACAAUCGACAACAAUUUCAAUCAUCAAAGAACGGAGGCGGAUCGAGUAGUUCAAAGUCGAGCUUAGAGUACGUCUCAACAACAAAACAUCCCACGGGCGAUUAUGAAAGUGUCGAGUAUAAAAUUUGUAAUUCAAUUGAUUCAAGCUCACAUUCCGGAAGUAAUUUCGAUUCAAAUCCCAAUUACUAUUUCGACAAAAAGAGGAGGGUCAGGCAUUCUUCUAUUAAAGAAAAAUCGACAAAGAAACCCAUCUGUAAUAUACGCACAAAUCCGGGAUACGAUGAACGCUAUUGGUCUAGUAAAUCUAUAAAUGAAUCUGAGAAAAAUGAAAAAUGUGUAAGUAGAUGUCGGAAAUCGACAUCGGAUUUAACAGAUUUAACGGACGAUGCCCCAAAUACGACUGUAACUUCUUUAAGCCGGCCAACUUCACCUAGAAGAAACGGCUCCAUAAAAGGUGGAUUGGCUUAUUUAGCUUCUCGACGAGGCUCUAGAGAUUCAUUGGCUUCUAAUGUGUCUAAUGAAGAUAUUGGACCGCUUAAUUUUCAAAAUACGCCAAGAGGUCGCCAACGGAGAACUUCUAAUUUCCUGGAAUUGCCUGUGCCCGACCAUAUACGCCCAAGAGUGUGUUCCCUACCCGAAAAAGCUUACAAUCCCCGACUGAGUGACGAUUUAUAUAGACUACGAACUUUCAGCAUAACGAACAAAGGAGGAGUCGUAAAUUGUGGGGAUUCUAUAAUAAAUCGACGUUCCAGAUCGAAUACUAGCGUUAACUCUACGACGAGCAAGGCCAGCAAUAUCUCUGGGGAACGAUCACCAUUUGAGGGAUCCUGUUGCGGUUCGGGAUAUCACACUGUCGAUUCAACUCCCUUAGGAUCUCCCGAAGAGGCAGAGGUGCCAAAAUAUAGAGUGGUAAUGUUGGGCGACUCCGGGGUGGGGAAGACUGCACUCGUUUCCCAAUUUAUGACGUCAGAGUAUAUGAAUACUUACGACGCGAGUUUGGAUGAUGAAUUUGGGGAGAGAACCGUGUCUAUCCUACUAGAUGGAGAAGAAUCCGAAAUGAUAUUCAUAGAUCAUCCAGCAUCCGAAAUGUCGGUCGAAAACUCUCUUAGCACAUAUGAACCGCACGCAUGUGUUGUCAUCUACUCUAUAGUUGCAAGACCGAGCUUCCAGCACGCAGAGGAGACUUUAAAUUAUCUCUGGAGAGAAGGUUAUACUCACGAAAAAAGCGUUAUUGUUGUUGGGAAUAAGGCCGACUUAGCUAGAUCACGUGUGAUCUCUUCAAACGAUGGAAAAUCUUUAGCGGUAUCAAGAGACUGCAAAUUCAUUGAAACGUCAAGUGGAAUACAACAUAAUGUAGACGAACUUUUAGUAGGUAUACUAAAACAAAUAAGACUUCGAGAAUCGAGGGAAAAGAAGAAAGCUACAAGCAAAAAUAAGCUGCACGGUUCGAAAACAAGCCUAAGUUUAAAUAUUGCCAGAGAAAUACUACAGAAAAUUUGUAUGAAUGACAUAAGCAAGUCAAAAUCUUGUGAGAAUUUGCACGUUCUCUAAAAAUCUGUUCGUAUCUAAGUACUUCCAAUUUCGCACGUUACAACUCUUACCUUUUUUGGCAACCUUAUAGGAAGAUGAAGGAAGUAAUAUGUGGAUUCUUGUAAAAAGUUGUUAAGCAGCCUAAUCUUUUAGACUACUAUAGCAUGAGGUAGUAUUUCAAGUAAUAAAGCAUGUGAUUGAAGAACUAUUUUGAUAAAUAAGUACUUUAAAUUAAGUAAGCCAAAGUAUGUGUUCGUGACUUGGAGACUGCUUUAUCGUUUGUAAUACAUCCUUAGAUUUAAGAUUUCAUGUGAUAUUUAAAAGUAUUGGUAGUGAUUUCCCAGUUAAUUCUAAACUUUUAUAUGAAUCAUACUGAACAUAGUGUAGUUUAACUUUAAAGUCUAUUUCCUGUGUGAAUGAAGUUGGUUUAUUAUAUCCAUUAAUUUAUAAUGUACUUUUAUUAAUUGUUACCAGGGUAUUUAAAACAUCCCUUGAGGUAGUGCAGGCCUAAAUAUGUUUGUAACUAACAAUAACUAUCAUAAUAAUUAUACCGUUUUAAGUAGGUAGGUAGGUAGGUGUUGUAAAUGUGAUGUGCUUAAUGUUUGUCUGAUGUGAGACAUGUGCUCACCUUAUGCUUCACUACCCCCUCAUACUGAAUUGCGUACCUAUGCAAAAUUAACACUUUUUUAGUUUCUACCAUUGUUAACUGUAGAUCUAGAGUAGUGUGUUAGGGGGGAUAGGUUCGUUCGUUAUACCUAGAUGCGCUUCUUUGGAUAAUAAUUGUUACUUAGUCGAUACCUACUGUUAAAAACUAUUUAAAUAACGAUUAAGUAUAAUCCACUAAUGCGUGUUGAUUUCUUAUUAGACAGAGCCUUAAAUAUUAAUGUUGUAAUUAUAAGGGAAAUGUGAAAUUUUAAAUGACAUAUCUAUUUUCUACUUUAUUAUAAAAUGUCUCUGAAUAUAUAUUUUACAUACUGCUAACUUUACAAUGACAAUCAAG